AUGCUGGGGUCGACGAAGGAUGCCACGAGCAAAGACAUCGACGCGAGUCGCAUACCGGUUUUUGGUGCACGCGCGUCGUCGUCGUCGUCGUCGUCGUCGUCGUCGUCGUCGUCGUCGUCGUCGUCACUGUUGAUGCGACGAGGACUCGGAGGCCCCUGCGCCUUUGCGGCGCUUCUCCUCAGCCUCGCCGGCGAUGCCUUGGCCUUCAGCUUCAGUCGGACCCUCCACGACGUCGAGCAGGACGUCGCCGAGGACGCGAGCCUUUAUUCUCAGGAAAUGCGACUGAGCGCGCCUGAACUGAGCCUUGCCGAGAGCCCGCAGAAGGACCAGCUGGAGAAGUACGUGACGAUAAAGUCCAGUCCCAGCGGUUACGUCACCAUACCCAAGGGGCACAGACUGGAGCUGAAGUGCGAGGUCGACGGGAGUCCGCCGCCGCGGAUUUAUUGGGUCAUGGGCGAGAACCCCGGGAGGCAGGUCGAGCAGCUCGAGCACGAGAGCAUCGCCGACGUCUCCUACACGGCGAUAGCGCGCGAGGUCUCCAAGCUGGUCAUUGACUGCGUCACGCCACGGGACCAGAGUCUCGUGCAUUGCGUCGGCAUCGCCGGCGACCAGAUGGCCAUAUCCCAGCCCACUGUACUUAACGUCGACGGUGGCAAUGGUACCCUGGGUGCGAGCCGUGAGUGCCAGGGCGACUCGAGCCUGCCGGUGAUCACGCGACAUCGACCCCUUUACUUCUCGGAGAUGGGGUCGACGGUGGUGCUGCCAUGCGAGGCCAGUGGCAACCCCCGGCCCCACGUCUACUGGCUCGAUGGCGAAGGCAAUCAGCUGUUGGAUCCGCGCUUCACUCUACAAUCUAACGGCGACCUCGUCAUAUCCAACAUCCGCUGGCAGGACAUGGAUGGAUACAAGUGCCUGGCAAAGUCCCCGCUGGGCGAGACCGAGGCCAUCACCUUCCUCUACCCGGCCGCCAAAUCGGAGUCGGAAAAGAGGAAGGCCAAUGCUCUUUAAGAAGAUGAGGAUGGGGAGGAGGGAGAGGAGAGACGGGGAGAGGCGAGUCGCGCGCUGCGUGCCAAGAUGCGAGAGAGCGCGAGCGACCUGCUCCGAAAACGCCGACGCCAGCAGAGACAGACACCCAACCAAGAUAUCGUUAAAGAUUUUAAAGCAACGAAACGAUCAUGAAAAGAAAUGGUUAUUAAAAGAGCUAUUCGACGAAUCAUCUAGUCACUAAGCGUUAAUUGUCCGAUCUGCACGAGUUCGGCAAGCAAGCUGCACCCGGUAACUUAAUUCAUUGCUCCAGAGGCAAAGCACUUAAUGUACAUUCCGCUUAAAAUAAUAUAUUAUUAU